AUGAAUCAUAACGUAUUUGUCAUUCACCCACAUAAAUCUUGUCUUUUAACAGGAACAACUCUCUCGUUCCAGCCCUUUCCCUUCAAAGCAAGUGUAGUGAUGGCUGAAAGAAACCUGAGUGUGGAAAUGACCUUUGCCCUCUUAGGUUUCACAGAUUAUCCAGAACUUCAGAUUCCUCUCUUCCUUGUGUUUCUGAUCAUGUACAUUAUCACUGUGGUAGGGAAUCUUGGGAUGAUAGUAAUCAUCAAGAUUAACCCCAAAUUUCACACCCCUAUGUACUUUUUCCUUAGUCACCUUUCCUUUGUUGAUUUUUGUUACUCCUGUAUCGUUACUCCGAAGCUGCUUGAAAACUUGGUCAUGGCAGAUAAAAACAUCUUCUACUUUAGCUGCAUGCUCCAGUAUUUCCUGUCUUGCACUGCAGUGGUGACUGAGUUCUUCCUGCUGCCAGUGAUGGCCUAUGACUGCUUUGUGGCCAUCUGCAAUCUUCUGUUUUAUACAGUGGCCAUGUCACAAAGGCUCUGUACCCUGCUGGUGGCUGGCUCAUAUCUGUGGGGGAUGUUUGGUGCCUUGGUGCUCCUUUGCUAUGCUCUCCUUCUAGACUUUUCUGGUCACAAGGUAAUCAACCACUUUUGUGAGUACACUGCUUUCAUAGCUGUCUCUAGCUUUGAUAUACGCAUUCCUCACCUUUUGCUUUUUGGGUUUGUCACCUUCAAUGAGGUGAGUACACUACUAAUCAUCCUCACUUCAUAUGGUUUUAUUUUUGUAACUGUACUAAAAAUCUAAUCUGCCAGUGGACGCCACAAAGCCUUCACCUGUGCCUCCCACCUGACCGCCAUCACCAUCUUUCAGGGGACCAUCCUGUCCCUCUACUGUGUGCCUAAUUCCAAAAACUCUCAGCAAAUAGUCAAAGUGGCCUCUGUAUUCUACACAGUGGGCAACCCCAGGCUGAACCCCCUCAUCUACAGCCUGAGGAACAAAGAUGUAAAGGAUGCCUUCCAGAAAUUAAUAGACACAAAAUUCCUAUUUCAGUGA